CCCUUAUCGUUACACCUUCCCUUCAAACCUUAUCUUCACGUUCCUAAAAUCCUUUUCUUAACCAACAAUUAAACUUGCCCCUUCUACCACCAUCAAAUUUAACCAUGAAAUUUUCUUCAUUACUCAAUAUUCUUUUUUCUUUUCUUUUUCUUGCAAUCCCGACCUCCGCUUUGGCCCCACGAACCAAUGCGGAGGUCAUGGGCAUAUACCAGAAGUGGUUAGCCCACCAUGGCAAGGCCCGAAACGCCUUGCCAGAUCAAAAGAGGUUUGAGAUUUUUAAAGAUAAUUUGAGGUUCAUUGAUGAACAUAACUCUGUGGACCGCCCAUAUAAACUUGGGCUUAAUAAGUUUGCUGAUUUGAGUAAUGAAGAAUAUAAAGAGAAGUUCCUGGGAACUCGGGCCAGCCCGUAUAAAAGCCCGGUUGACAGGAAGGUUAACAACCGUUACUGGCCUCGACCCGGUGAUCGGUUACCAAAGGCUGUUGAUUGGCGUAAGGUUGGUGCUGUUAACCACGUCAAAGAUCAAGGCCAAUGUGGUAGUUGUUGGGCAUUCUCAACGGUAGCAACCAUAGAAGCCAUCAACCAAAUUGUGACGGGCAAUUUGACCUCUUUGUCGGAGCAAGAGCUCGUUGACUGUGACCGAGCUGUUGAUCAAGGCUGCAAUGGUGGUCUCAUGGACAACGCCUUUCAAUUUAUCCUCGAGAAUGGUGGGCUCGACACUGAAGAGGAUUACCCUUACAAAGGUGUUGAUGGACAGUGUGACCUUAACAGGAAGAACAAAAAAGUCGUAACCAUUGAUGGAUAUGAAGAUGUGCUGCCAUAUAGCGAGAGAGCUUUGAAGAAAGCAGUUGCUCACCAGCCUGUUAGUGUUGCUAUUGAGGCUGGUGGUCGAGCUCUUCAGCUCUACCAAUCGGGUGUAUUCACUGGUCACUGUGGAACAAAGGUAGACCAUGCUGUGGUUGUAGUAGGAUACGGCACCGAGAAUGGAACCGACUAUUGGAUCGUCAGGAACUCGUGGGGCAACGGAUGGGGAGAAGAAGGAUACAUAAGGAUGCACCGGAACAUCCAUCGUCUGACCGGCAAAUGUGGUAUAGUAAUGCAGCCAUCUUACCCUGUUAAAUAUUCCCAGAACCCCAUCAAGCCUUUCCGUGCUCCUCAAACUGAUCAAGCCAAAGUAAGCAGUAUAUGAAGCAAGCCAAAUUAGUAUUGGUUUUAGUAUUUAUAGGCAGUCUAAAUUGUUCUGCCUCAUUUGUACAUAGCUAAAUUGUAUUCUGCUGAUUAACAAGCAGAGGAAUGUUGCAAGUUUCAGAAGUUCAACUUUCGGUUUAAUGUGAUUUUAGUUUAUUGUAAGUUGUAAUGUAGCAGCCGAUUUCAAUCUUUUGAAAUUAAUGACAUUAUUGUUGUUGUA